AUGGAUAGAAAAUCUGCUAGAAUAAAAGCAGAGUUAGAAAGAUAUGGUUGGAAAGUUUCGAAGAAGUUUAAAUAUAGGAAGGGAAGACCCAUAAAAGUCUAUGACAAACUGUCUGGUCUUCGCUAUGAAAUGGACUUGGAAACAGCACGCGCAAACUAUCCAAACAGAUUAGAGAGGUUAGAAGAAGAACGUCUUAUGGACAUGCCUUUCGAUGUUAGUGAACCUCAAGUUGAAGGACACGACGGCUUUGCCAGAUUCUACUGGAAACAUGACGAACAAUUGCAUCCUUUGAGAAGGAAAAAAGGAAAAGGUGAAGACGCACAUGCUCCCAUGGAAAGAACAAGAUAUGCAUAUGAAAAGUACCGUGAAGUUAGAAGUCAAAUUACAUCUGGUCGAACCUUUACAGUAAACUUUGACGAAGGAAAGAACAAAGAAGGCUUCAUGGGAGUACUUGCUGCAAUUCAAGAUGGAAAUAAGAAAGGAUACAAUCUCAGAUUGACCAUAACAGAUUUGGAUGGUCACAUUUACUAUGCACAUGGCAAUGUCACAACAGCUGCAAUGCUUCUUGACGCUUUCAAGACUACAAAGAGAGAACAAAUGGUUGACUCCGACUCAGACAUUUUGAAUGCAAUUGAAGGAAUUGCAAGUGUAAAAUUUGAAUGGUACCAACCGAACCCUCAAGCAGUCAGACAACAUGCUGGAUACUUCCCGUUCAUAAAUAAGUCUGACAUUGACUUGACAAGGUAUGGAAUUUACAAUUCAAUUGAAACAAUUGUCAAUGAACCUUGCAUUCUUACAUGUCUCAGGAACUCUGGUCUUGUUACAGAUGAGAAGAUGAAGUAUCUUGAGUCAUGCGUGAAGACAAG